AUCUUAUGAUGGAAGGGUAAACAGUUCAGGCGAUUUUUUUAGCCCAUCAGGGGCCCGGCCUGGGUUAGGCUGGGCUUCGAUAGAGGUUGGGUAGGCCCUAACCCGUACCGUUGACAUCCCCAUCCCUCCUCCCUCAAACAAAACCUCCACGAGAUGCAUACACUGUCCAAAGCUCUACCCCUCCACCUCCCUCCAAACUCCGAACCAGAAGGAAAACCUCUCUUCCUUAACCCUACACCCGCUCUCCCCCACAAAUGGGAAAGGGUUCCUCUUCCUUCAUCAAUCCCACCAUCCUUAAGAAGAUCCUGCUAUCAUACGCUUACGUGGGCAUAUGGAUCUUCCUAUCAUUCUCAGUGAUUGUGUAUAACAAAUACAUCCUCGACCGUAAGAUGUACAACUGGCCCUUUCCCAUUUCCCUCACUAUGAUCCACAUGCUUUUCUGCUCUUCCCUCGCUUUCCUACUCGUUCACGCCUUCCACUUCGUUGACCUCCCUUCUUCCAUGACCCGCAAGGUCUACCUUAAUUCAGUGGUCCCCAUUGGAUCUCUCUACUCCCUCUCUCUCUGGUUCUCGAACUCUGCCUACAUUUACCUCUCUGUCUCCUUCAUCCAGAUGCUCAAAGCCCUAAUGCCUGUCGCUGUCUACUCCAUCUCCGUCCUCUUUAGGAAGGAGUCCUUCCGAUCCAACACCAUGGCCAAUAUGCUCUCCAUCUCCUUCGGUGUCGCUAUCGCCGCCUACGGUGAGGCCCGCUUCGACUCCUGGGGUGUCACUCUCCAGCUUGGUGCCGUCGCGUUUGAGGCCACCCGGCUUGUGCUUAUCCAGAUCCUGCUCACCUCCAAGGGCAUUAGCCUCAAUCCGAUCACGUCGCUCUACUACAUUGCACCCUGCUGUUUGGCAUUCCUCUUCGUGCCGUGGGUGCUCGUUGAAUUCCCCCUUCUCAGGGAGACUUCGAGCUUCAGAUUGGAUUUUGUCAUAUUCGGGACGAACUCUCUGUGUGCGUUUGCACUGAAUUUGGCAGUUUUUCUGUUGAUCGGGAAGACGUCAGCGCUCACGAUGAAUGUGGCCGGGGUCGUGAAGGAUUGGCUGUUGAUUGCAUUCUCGUGGUCUGUGAUCAGGGAUACAGUCACAAUGGUGAAUUUGGUUGGAUAUGGGCUUGCCUUCUUGGGGGUUGCUCAUUACAACCAUUCGAAGCUGCAGGCAAUGAGGGCAAAGGAAUCUCAGAAGAAGAGCACGCAGGUGGAUGAGGAGGAGGGCAGGUUGUUGUCAGAGGAGAGGGAAGGGGAGGAGAUUGGGAGGAAGAGUGAUUCACAGGCUUGAAAGCUGGGCACACUUGAGGGGGAAAACAAAAUUCUUUGUUUGUUUAAUGAGGAAAAUCGAGAUUCCCGAGUUGGGGUUUUUUUUUUUGUGGAGGGAAAUGGGUUUAACUCCAUUGGAUGGAUUUGGUGGUGCGUUUUCAAAUUCAAUGCAUUUCAGUGGUGGAUUGUGGAGGUGGGUUUUCCAUAUGGGUAUGUUUUAAGUUACUCGUUUGCUGUUGUUCAUGUUAGUGAAUUCCAAGAAUAGUCUGUGUAAGAACUCUUCCUUUGAGGAAAUUUAAUGGCUAUUAUUUAUCCAUUGCAUUGCUUUA